UCUGAGGCCGCUGUAGCUUUGCCUGUACCUCGGAGCUCAGGAGGUAUGUACGUACCAGUCACGGCGAGCGAGAUCGAUACGAUGAGAAGGGAUUCGGAGAUGACCAAGGGCGCUCGUCGCCUGGCACUGUUCUUCUUGCUCGUCAGCGUGGCCGCUCGAGCUGUUUCUGCCGUCGUCAGCGAUGGCCUGUUACCAAAUGGCAACUUCGAGCAAGGGCCGAACAAGUCCGAGAUGAACGGCACCCGGGUGAAGGACCGCGACGCCAUACUGCACUGGGAGAUCUAUGGGUUCGUGGAGUACAUCGAGUCCGGCCACACGCAGGAGGACAUGAUCCUGCCGGUGCCGGAGGGCGACCGGGCCGUGCGGCUGGGCAACGACGCAACCAUCCGUCAGAAGCUAUGCGUCACCCGGCAAGCCUACUACUCCAUCACCUUCACGGCCGCGCGGUCAUGCGCCCAGGCCGAGGCGCUCAACGUGUCCGUCACCCCGGACUUCGGCGUCCUCCCCAUCCAGACGGUGUACACCAGCAGCGGCUGGGACUCCUACUCCUGGGCCUUCAAGGCCAAGCACAGCUCCGUGUGGCUGUCCAUCCACAACCCCGGCCACGAGGACAACCCGGCGUGUGGGCCCCUCAUCGACUCCAUCGCCAUCAAGAACCUCCACCCUCCCCAUCACACCCCGGUCCAACUCGAUCGUGCAGUCAACAUGUUGAGGAACGGUGACUUUGAGGAGGGGCCCUACAUCUUCCCCGACGUGCCGUGGGGCGUCCUGGUGCCGCCGAUGUCGGAGGACCUGUACUCGCCGCUGCCGGGAUGGAUGGUCCUGUCGGACACCAAGGUGGUCAAGUACGUGGACGCGGCGCACCACGCGGUGCCUCGCGGCGCGCGCGCCGUGGAGCUGGUGGCCGGCAUGGAGUGCGCGCUGGUGCAGGAGGUGCGCACCGUGCCCGGGCGGUGGUACAGGCUCUCCUUCUCCGUCGGCGACGGGGCCAACGGGUGCGGCGGGUCCCUGGGCGUGGACGCGUACGCGGGGAAGGCGACGACCAAGGUGUCGUACGAGUCCCGCGGCACCGGCGGGCACAGGCGCGUCGACCUGGACUUCGCGGCGGCCGAGAACCUGACGCGCAUCGUGUUCCACAGCUCCAACUACCACAUGAAGUUCGACGGCACGCUGUGCGGCCCGGUCGUCGACGACGUCUCCCUCGUGGCCGUGCACAAGCACGCUGCCCGCCGGCUGCGCAUGUAGGGCGCCGUCUCAAAGUGUCCUAUGGUGUGCGUUUGAUGCGGCCGUUCCUGGGCCUGUCCAAGACUUCAAGUAUCCGUAGUGCUCCCGAAACUAUGCCACUUUGGCUGGAGGGUGCAAGACUUGAUGUCGAACUAGAUCAAGAUGAGAUGUUGAGCUAGAGUUUAAAGAUGCGCUGAUUAAAUGCUGAUAUGUUUAGUUGUUCUGCUUGUUGGAAAUACCUGUCAAUUUCAGACUGGAAUUUGCAUUUGUUA